UAAAGGUCCCCUUAUCCCAUCCUACAAGCUGAUAACAUUCGUUUAUUACAACUUAUCAUAUUAAAAGUAUGACAAAUGUUUUACAGGUGAAAGAUCAAUAUCAAAUGGUUUUGAUGCUUCGUUGCUGGAGAUAGAUCCAUAUUUGCCCGCUGUCCACGACUUCAAAGAAAAGUAAUUUUGUCGACACAUAUACUUUUAUUGAUGCCAUAAGGUUAUAUAUUUGCACUCACUAAUACUUUUUAUUGCUUUUUAUCUCCAGUCUCCCUAAAGAUGGUCUUGCUUUGACUAUUAAUUUGCAAGUUCCAAAGGUGAGAAAAUCCAAGGAGAAAGGAGACGAAUACAAAGGCAAUCCAACCAUCACCAUAGCUGAACUCCUACAAUCUUAUGAGGAAGGAAAAUUUAGGGUCCUUGCUACAAUUUGUGCCAUCGAUAUUGAGUUUGCUUGGUAUUACUUUGUCUGCUGAGAAAGAUACAAUGAUCCAAGCAUGGUUCAAACUAAACAGAGAUUCAGCAGAAGCUAGAAACCUAACUUUCGAAGAGAUACCACAGUUUUUUACUUGGCAGCCAAAAGAGAAAACCUUCAGAAGAAGAAUGAGAACAAUCAAGAAUAGAAGAACAUCUUAUAUGCCAAGUAAGUUUGAUGGUAAUAUGAGCUUGAAAUUACUUUUCCGUUUUCUGAAGGGUCCUAGAAGUGAUGAAGAGUUGAGGACUUUUGAUGGUGUGGUGUAUGAGUCUUACAAGGAUGCAUGUUUGGCCAUGGGUUUAUUGGAAGCUUGAAGAGAUUUUC